GGGAGACCAGAUAUAGUGAAUGCGGGGUCCGGGGAGACCAGAUAUAGUGAAUGCAGGGUCCGGGAGACCAGAUAUAGUGAAUGCAGGGUCCGGGGACCGGAUAUAGUGAAUGCAGGGUCCGGGGAGACCGGAUAUAGUGAAUGCAGGGUCCGGGGGAGACCGGAUAUAGUGAAUGCAGGGUCCCGGAGACCGGAUAUAGUGAAUGCAGGGUCCAGGGAGACCGGAUAUAGUGAAUGCAGGGUCCUGGGAGAGCGGAUAUAGUGAAUGCAGGGGUCCGGGGAGAGCGGAUAUAGUGAAUGAGGGGUCCUUGGGAGACCGAUAUAGUGAAUGCAGGGUCCGGGGAGAGCGGAUAUAGUGAAUGCAGGGGUCCGGGGAGAGCGGAUAUAGUGAAUGCAGGGUCCGGGGAGACCGGAUGAUAGUGAAUGUAGGGUCCGGGAGAGCGGAUAUAGUGAAUGCAGGGUCCGGGGAGACCAUAUAUAGUGAAUGCGGGGUCCGGGGAGACCAGAUAUAGUGAAUGCAGGGUCCGGGGAGACCAGAUAUAGUGAAUGC